UUCUGCCCGUGACUUUUAUUCUGUAAUCACCAGAGGCGUCUAAAUCGAGGACCUCCAUACAGGCAGCUGAUGAUACUGCCAGCUGAUACACUAUUCAUAAAAAAAAAAUAGACAAAGCAGCAUUUGGUCGCUGCAUACCUGUUCGGAUGGAACAGAGGAUGUUUGCUUUUAUUAUAGUCAGUAUAAUUUGACGAAUGUCGGUGUUUUUUAAGGAGGAAAUGCGUGGGUUUAUGGAGUCAAAGCUUUAAAUGAUGAUCAUGGCGUUUCCGGAGGGAGAAUCACUCGAAUCCUGGCUCAACAAAGCCACACACCCGACCAACAGGCAGGAGGACUGGGAAUACAUAAUCGGGUUUUGUGACCAGAUCAAUAAGGAGUUGGAAGGUCCUCAGAUAGCUGUGAGACUCCUAGUUCACAAAAUCCAUUCUCAAGAAUGGGAAGCCCUUCAAGCUCUGACGGUACUAGAGGCGUGUAUGAAGAACUGUGGGCGAAGAUUUCACAAUGAAAUAGCCAGAUAUCGCUUUUUAAAUGAGCUAAUUAAAGUGGUUUCACCCAAGUAUAUGGGGGACAGUGUUUCUGAAAAAGUGAAGAAUAAGAUCAUUGAGAUGUUGUACAGCUGGACGGUGGCGUUUCCCAAUGAGGCCAAGAUAGCAGACGCGUACCAGACGCUCAAGAGACAAGGACUCGUGAUGUCGGACCCAGAACUGACGGUGGACAAAACCCUGAUCCCGUCCCCUCCGGCACGGCCCAAAAACCCAGUAUUUGACAAUGAGGACAUGGGGAAGUUGUUGGCUGAACUUCUGAGGAGCAAAAACCCAGAAGAUCUUCAGGAGGCGAAUAGACUCAUCAAAAACAUGGUGAAGGAGGACGAGGCCCGAGUGCAGAAAAUGACUAAACGCAGCAAUACUCUGGAGGAAGUGAACAACAACGUCAAGCUCCUGAGCGAAAUGCUGAGUCAAUACGACAGGGCCCGAUCAUCAGACGCCGACCGCGAGCUCAUCAAGGAGCUGUAUGAGCGCUGUGAUAAACUACGACGCACUGCGUUCAAACUGGCCACUGAAGCAGAGGACAAUGACUCCAGUUUGGGUGACAUUCUCAAGGCAAACGAUGAUUUGUCCAGAGUAAUCAGCUCUUAUAAACGAAUCGUAGAAGGACAGACAGACGACGGGGAUGGUGAAGAUCUCAGACCAGCUGCUAGUGAAGGACGUGAGACCACGGGCACUUUGAUUGAUCUGGCUGGUCUGGAUGAACCUUCCUCUCCCCCGACCGUCCCCCCUCCUUCUCUUCCUCCUCAGGUCCUGUCAGCCAAUCCCACGGCCUUGUCCAUCCCCGUGCUGCCGCCUCCUCCUCGCCGAUUGGCCGGCGGUCACAGCAGUCAAACGAGCAGCCCCAGUCACAAACCACCUGAGCAGCAGAACUCUCUCUCCCUGCUGGACGAUGAACUCUUGUCUCUCGGACUGAAUGAUCCUCCCACUGUGCCAAACAGACCAAAGUUGGAUGAAUUGUCUGGUCAGUGGACGUCUCUACAGGCUCCUGAUGCGGGCCUGGACCUGUUUGGGAGCUUCUCGGCAUCGAGCGUUGUCUUUCCUACAACACACACACCUGCACAAGCCUCACACACACUGGCUGUCAGUCAGGGGCUGCAGGACCUCUCUAUGCUGGACUUUGGAGGUGGAAAGAGUGUCUCUGGUCUGAGUGGCAUUGCUGGAGGUACAUUUGGUCUUUCUGGAGGUGUGAUGGGCUCCGCAGCCGCCCCUCUUCAGUCCACUAACCCGUUUGUGAGUGCGCCGGCACCCGGCUCGCCCGCUGUGGCCCGGGCUCAGGUGGUGACGGGCGGCUCGGCUCCAGGCAGCCCUUUCUUUCAGCCCUUCUCUUCUCCAUCUCACUCGCUUCAGAGCAGCCCAGCGCGGAGCUCAGACCCCAGCCUCUCCAACCUGAACGUCCCGCUCGAGUCCAUCAGACCCAGUAAAGUCUUACCUGUGAUGAUGUACGAUAAAGACGGAGUCCGUGUUCUUUUGCACUUUGCGAUGGACUGUCCACCAGGUCGACCGGACGUCCUGGUCAUGGUGGUGUCUUUGCUCAACACGGCGCCGUUACCCGUGCGAAGCAUAGUGCUGCAAGCAGCUGUGCCCAAGUCUAUGCGAGUGAAGCUUCAGCCUCCAUCAGGUGCAGAGAUCCCGCCCUUUAACCCCAUCCUGCCCCCCGCAUCCAUCACUCAGGUCAUGCUGCUCGCCAACCCACUCAAGGAGCGUGUGCGUUUGCGCUAUAAGCUGACGUAUCUUCUGGGAGAGCAUCAGUAUUCGGAGGUGGGAGAGCUGGAUCAGUUUCCUCCAGCGGACAGAUGGGGGUCCCUGUAGAUUUACCUUGCCGUUUGCCUGCUUCAACUCUUAAAUGUUCAUUCCCAAGUAUCAGCAUUCAUUUGUUUUCAGUCAGUGUUUUACUGUAGGCUUGUGAAGCAGUAUUUGAUGCUUGAUGUUUGCUGGAUAUUAAUACAGUAACAAAACAUCAGUGACACACAUGAUGAUCUGAAGCGGACACACACGGUUCAGAGAUGCUCUUAAAACAGUUUACCAUGGUAAUCAUAGUUUCUGUCAAAAUACCAUAGUAAAACAAUAAUUAACUGGCAGUUUCAACAAACACUACAAAGAUUUGUUUAAAAAAGUCAAUUUAAAAAAUCCUUUAAUUUGAGAAAUAAGCUAGAUAUGUUGAAUGAUUUAUGAAUUAAUUUAGACUGAAUUUACAACCUUUUACCAGUGACAUUUUAUUGUCAGAAAUAAUAUAAUAGUUGUUUUUAAAAGAUUAUACUAUUUUUGUAUUUAGUUUUCAUUUCUAAUUUUAAAGUUUUAGUAACUAGUUUUUGUUGUUUUGUCAUUUUUAUGUUGUUUUUUUCUCUCAAUGUUUAUAGUUUUUAUUUGUAUUUCCAUUUUUUAAGAUACUUUAGUACAUUAAGCUAAAGUAAAUGGAAAUUAGAAAUUUGUGAAAUUUAUAGAAAAAAAAUUAUGGUUUUAGUUUGUCAAUUUUAGCAACCCUGGUUAUUUAGCAUGCAUGCAUACAUAGAUCAUUUUAUGUAAUUUUUAUGUCUAUAAAGUUUUCAUUUCUGAAGGUUUGGUAACAGGUUUGCAAAAAUCUGUUUAGUUUAGUGGCUCUUUUCAUUGACUACAUGUUGAGAAAUCAAACAAAAUUGAUCUUUUUCAAGCACUGUAGUAACUAUGGUAUGUUGAAGUAAACUAUGGUAAAUGUUGGUAAGCUCAGAAGCCGAGCUGAUACUGAUGGUGUCACAUGACCUCGCCGCUGUCCGUGGAGUGUAUUUAACCGUGAUUUCACUCUGUUCAGACAGUGCUAGAUGUUCUUGUGCUCUUCAAAACAAAGAAGCCGUAGAACUUUGCUGUUUCUAGAACUAAAUGAUUCAUUUCCCGCAAACUUCAGCUCUCUAAGUCACGAAGCAUCAGAACGAAUGUACCUGCAGUCAAACGAGUUUACACGGAGGACGCUUUGAGUUUACACGCAUAGUGUCAGAGUAGCAUUAUGUUGUCCAUUUUGAGUUUUUAUCUGCCUGUGUUAUAGUUCAACUGUUUCUGUUUUUAUUUAUUGCUGCUACAGGAACGAUUGGACUCAAGUUUCAGCAUCACAGUCUGUCUCUGAUAGUCGGCAGCUUUUAUUGACCAUUUUAGAUUUAUUUAUUUAAUUGUGGCAUAUUUAUAUAGUGUUUUUGCCUGCUGGUUAUGCGAUGAAGAUCUUGAUGGAGGAUGAACUGUAAUGAUUAGCACAGUUCAUCAGAAGUCGGAUUGGAGAUGUGUUUUGGUAAAGUGGAGGCAUCAGCAGUCAGUCCUCUGAGCGUUUCACUUGAUUUGAUUCUUUUAAGCACUGUAGCAGGGCAAAUGAGCAUUUUAUUUAAUAAGAUAAAGGCCUCAUGUGAUUUUAGUCCCAAACAAACCUUAAUGUGUCCGAGCAGAAGAAGAGGACAACUGCUCCUCUGAAGUGAGCAAACCGUACAGUUCAUUACGAUCAUGUGUUUAGACUCUGAUAACACAAAAAAUGACUUGUAUUUCACCCACAGAAACAAAACAAAUCAUAUUUUGCAUAAAGAAAAGUUUUUUUCUUUUUUUAUCCCUGUAUGAAAAUAUAACAACUUAUUUGUUUUAAUUUUGGGGUAAACUUGAAAGCGUUUCUCGGUCCUAAAACAGUUUUACUAUAGCAAAAUAUGUCGCCUUAUUGAUUUCGGGGUGAAUUCUUGGUGGUUUUUGAGUUUGGUGAGAUUCAUCUGCUUCAUGGCUGUGAAUCUUGUGUGUUUGAACACAUUGGACUGUAUUUCUGGACAUCAUGGAGCAUCUCUGCAGAUUCUGUCUGACGGUUUUCAGGUAUUUGAAAGUCUCAGAGCUUCAUUGUGCAUCUGCAUCAAAGAGUUUCGAGUAUUUCUGAGGAACCUUGUCUGUGUAUUAUUAUGAAUCGUGUCUCCUUUUAAGCCUCAUCAGGUCUGAAGAUGAUGACAGUGAUGGUUUAAGAGGACUCAUUAAAAUAUGUGGAACAAAAGUAGACCUUUGUAAAAGUUAUUAUAGAUGACGAUGAUGUAGAUGAAGCACUGCUCUGGUGUUUAAUAGUGAUUCCAUCAUGUGUACUGCGCCAUUAAAGACUUUAUCAAACGGA